UACACUUCCAACAUCCUGCCGGCUUGGUGUGCGCCGCCUGCCUGCGGGGCUCGAGCGUUGUGGUUCCACUGAUCAGCAGGCUGGUCAGUGCCCCUUCCCGAGGCUGGGCUCCUUCUGAGUUAAUCACGUACUUAUUACUAAACCAGGGCCGCGAGCGCGGCUGCUCCCGCACGUAAAGGCACGAGCCUAGGAGCGUUCAGCAUAGAUCUGGUGACUCAACAGACGACAGAUGACGAGCGGUGGCCUGUCCAAGGCGGAAGCACUGGCCUGCCCAGACUGCAGGCAUGCGUGCCACGUGAUGCUCUACUCAGACACCAAAGCCCGGCUGUUUGGGAGAAUUCCCAUCAGACACCUUGUGCUGAUGCAGAUGCGCUUUGACGGCCUGUUGGGUUUUCCUGGCGGGCUGGUUGACCCCUCGAAGGAGACCCUGGAAGAGGGGUUAAGCAGGGAAUUGUUGGAAGAGCUGGGGAUGGAAAUUCCCGUGCUGGCAGAAGACUAUUUGACCUCGUGCCGUGUUCCCUCCUCCUCCUCGCUGUCCUCACGUCUUAUCACUCACUUCUACGUGAAGAAGAUGGAGGAGAGGCAGAUUGAGGAGGUGGAGAAAGCGGCGGUCUCUGCGGCGACAGAUCACGGACAGGAGGUUCUGGGGAUGGUCAGGGUACCCCUUUACACCAUGAGAGGGGGAGGAGGAGGGGGAGGUCUUCCGUCCUUCCUCUCGCACUCUUUCAUCGGGACCGCUCGCUCUCAGCUGCUGGACGCCUUGCUGCGCCUCCGCCUGGUCACCCCGCAGGAGCUGCACAGAGCGCUCGCGCGCGCCUUGGAAAUACACGCUCACACCUCGGAGUCUCUGCAGGCGGCCCUCGCACCCGCAGAGGAGCAGGGGAAGCGGUCCUGUGACGCGCCGGUGCAUGUAUAAAGGCAUGCUCUUGUGCACAUAUAUGUACAUAUAUAUAUAUAUAUAUAUAUAUAUAUAUAUGUAUACACACACACACACACAACUGUUUUCUGCCUGUAAGCAACCGUAGAACCGAUGCCGAGGCUCGCAGCUGCUCCUUCUGGAAGGAGGAGCGUCACGUGUCUUUGAGUGUUUGCAGGAAUAAAAGCAUUCAUUAUC